UAGUGAGAGUCACAUCUGCCUCUUUAAAGGGGGAAACCCAUGUGAGUGAGUGCUGGGAGGAGUUUAAAGUUCCUGGUUCCAGCUGCUCUCUGCAACAGAGGAUCAUAACAUCCAGGCUGCUGCUGCACACAGAGGACUCAAAGGACUCAGAGGAGUCUCUCUCUCUCUCUCUCUCUCUCUCUCUCUCUCACUGUGAGAUGAUGAAUGAAACCGGUUUCUGAUGAAUCUGCAUCACAUUUGUCAUCUCAUAUCUGACAAUGAACCCAGCAGCAGCUGAUGAAGAAGAGGAGCUCAGACCAGCUGUGACUUUCUGCAACUUCUUUUGCUCCAGUUUGGAGGAGCUGAGAUGAACAAACCAGAGGUGGUCAUCAUGUCCCGGUGGAUGAUCCUUCCUGUCAGCCUGCCUGUCUUCACCAUCACUGGGAUCUGGCUUGUAUACGCGAUGUCCGUGUACAACCAGCAUGUCUGCCCUCUGCAUAACUGGCUUUAUAAUGAGUCGUGUGAGGAGCAGCUUCCACUACAGAGGGGUCCGGUUCUGUGCUGCACGCUGGACAACAUCCCUCUCAUCAGUAAAUGUGGAACUCUGCCACCUGAAAGCUGCUUUUUCAGCCUCGUCUGCAGCACCGGAUCCUUUAUGGUGAUGCUGAUCGGUCUGCUGCGUUACGCUCACGUCAUAGAGAAGCACCAGAACUGUGUGCUGAACACGGCGGGCCUCUCCACGGCGUGGAUCUGUGCCGCCGGCCUCAUCAUGGUGGGAAACUUCCAGGUGGAUUUUGCCAAAGUGCUCCAUUACGUCGGUGCCGGAGUGGCCUUCCCCUCCAGCAUGAUGUUCGUGUGUCUCCAGUCGGCUCUGACCUACAGACUGGCCAAGACCCAGGAAGAGUACCGAGCAGGUCACCUCCGGGUGGGGAUGGCCCUGCUGGCUCUGAUCACCCUGGUCCUCAGUGGAGUUUUCUUCUGCAAGGAGAGCUUCGCCCUGCAGCACGCCUCCGCCAUCUUUGAGUGGAUCUACUGCAUGCUCAUCAUGCUCUUCUACGGGACUUUUGCCUUUGAGUUCAGGGGCAUGUCGGGGGACACGUUGAUGGUCCUGUGCAGAGGAGGACGGGUGCACAGCUUCUCCACCUCUGGACAUAAGAUGGUUGUGGGCGCCGGCUCCAACCACCAAAAGCCAGAGAGCUUAUCGAUGCUGUAACCAAGUAUUUAAAAAAAUAUAUAUUUAAUACUCUUAUCAACAUGGGAGUGGGCAAAUAUGCUGCUUUAUGCAAAUGUAUGUAUAUAUUUAUUAUUGUAAAUCAAUGAACAACACAAAACAAUGACAGA